AGGAGGAGCGUGCUCGCUCGGAGCAGCGCGCGGACUGACAGUUGGAGAGAGGAGCACGGGGAGCAGCACACGCGCUCACAGCAGGUCUAUCGUGGUCAUUUAUCUCCGUGAGACUUCAGUGAAAUGUGUCAGGAGUGGAGCUGCUGACGUUACAUCCCAAAACCCGGUGGGAUCACUGAUGACCUUUGUUGCUGCCCUCACCAGCUCUUUUUUUCCUCCUGCUCUUCCUCCUUAUCCCUCUCCUCCCCUUUCUUAAACUCCCCUCCCCUCCUCCUGUGUGUCUCUCAGCCCUGGGCUUAUUACUCAAACCCACUGAAGGGAGCAACACAGUAUCUGGCAAAGGAUGAAGCGGGUUUGCCUGCCAACACCAGACAGAGGAUAGAAGACACAAAAGGACUAGCGAAGGGGAGAGAAUCACAGAGAGAGAGAAAGACACACACAGAGGACAACUAGUGGAGAGAGCUACAACGAAGCUGCGAGAGAAGCGACAACAUUCAAGAUGCCACGCUGAAGAAAAAAAGUUUCACCUGAGCGUCAAGAGCUAACAAGGGGACCUUAACAGAUUUAGAACUGUGGACUCUUCUUAACAAACCUCUGCCCCCCCCCCCNNCACCCACACACAAAAGUUGUGGAGACACACACUCCCAUUCGCUGGGGCUCCUUGUUAACACCUGAUAUGCCUGUGUAAGAAGUUUGAGCCAUGCCGGCCAAGGGGAAGUACCUGUUGAACAACCAGGAGCUGAAAAAUGAGGCGCUAUACCGCAAAUUCUCCUGCAUCAGCCAGUAUCAGCCGCUGGUGCUCCUGCUGGGCCUCUCCAUGCUCUCCUGUGGAAUCCUCCUCAUCCUCUUCUUUGCUCUACAGCUGAGUGCAGUGAAACACUGUGCCUUUGUGAGCGUAGUGAGCGGCAGCCUGUGUGUGUUCCUGGCAGUGUUUGUGCUGGUAUGUACAGAGAUGCUCUCACAGAGAUGGAGGCGUCUGCUCGGCCUGAUUGUAUGGGCCACACAUCUCACCAUGGGCUACACCUUCAUCUUCAGCAGCCCCAUCAUCCUGCCUUGGGACCAGGUGCCUUUCUUCCUCUUCAUCAUCUUCACCGUGUACACCAUGCUGCCAUUCCAGCUGUGGUACGCUGUGGUGCUGAGUGUCAUCUCCUCACUGUCUCACAUCAUGGUCCUCACACUGCGCCUUACCAUAUACAGCGAUAGGUCCCCUCCUAACCUUCCCAACCAGCUGCUGUCCAAUGCAGUGGUGUUCCUGUGUGGCAGUGUGGUGGGAGCCUUUCAUAAGGUUCUGAUGGAGAAAACCCUGAGGCAGACCUUUCAAGACACCUUGAGGUGCCUGAGCAUGCGGAUGAAGCUGGAGAUAGAAAAGAGACAACAGGAGAAUCUACUGCAGUCUGUGCUGCCAGUCUACAUCUCCAUGAAGAUGAAGCUGGCCAUCAUGGAGCGCUUGCAAGACUGUAAAGACAAAGAAGAACAACAGCGACUUGUCAAAGAUAACAACUUCCACAGUCUUUAUGUCAAGAGGCACGAGAAUGUCAGUAUUCUGUAUGCUGACAUUGUUGGCUUCACCCGAUUGGCCAGUGACUGUUCUCCCAAAGAGCUGGUCAUCAUGCUCAAUGAAUUGUUUGGCAAGUUUGACCAAAUUGCCAAGGAGAAUGAAUGCAUGAGAAUCAAGAUCCUUGGGGACUGCUACUACUGUGUGUCAGGGCUGCCGGUCUCACUGCCUAAACAUGCCAAGAACUGCGUCAAAAUGGGCCUGGACAUGUGUGAAGCCAUCAAACAGGUACGGGAGGCCACAGGAGUGGAUAUCAAUAUGAGAGUGGGCGUGCACUCGGGCAACGUGCUCUGCGGUGUGAUUGGCCUUCGCAAGUGGCAGUUUGAUGUUUGGUCACAUGAUGUCACCCUGGCCAAUCACAUGGAGUCAGGAGGCCUUCCAGGACGUGUCCACAUCACAGAGGCGACACUGAAGCACCUGAACAAGGCUUAUGAAGUGGAAGAAGGCGAGGGCCACCUCAGGGACCCCUACCUAAAAGAGCUUAACGUCCGAACCUACUUAGUCAUUGAUCCUCGGUCAUCAUUGAACAGCCGGAGUGCGCCUAAACCUCGGGUGAACGAUGGUCUGAAGAUGCGAGCGUCUGUGCGUAUGACCCGUUACCUGGAAUCUUGGGGGGCCGUCAAACCCUUUGCCCACCUUCAGAAGCGAGAGGGCUUUACCACGGACACCAUUGUCAAUGGCAAGCAACGCAAGGACAUCCCUCUACGAACAGCCCCCAGCUCCAAGAUCCCUGACAGGAACAAAUCCCAGAAGAGUAAGUUUGAUGAGGAGCUACACAAUGAGAUGACUACUACCAUAGAUGAGCUCAGCAGCAAGCAGUGGUCUAAGACUGAAGAGAGUAGCAGUUUAGCUCUGUGGUUUCCAAAGAAAGAUUUGGAAAAACAGUACCGAUCCCUGGAUUUGCCGAUGUUCAAACACUAUGUUGGCUGUGCCACCUUCAUCUUCCUCUGCAUCUUUUUGGUUCAGAUGCUCGUGACAAAGGAUCGACAGAUGUUGGGGAUGUCAUUUGGAGUAUUGGUCUGUGUGCUGCUGCUGACCCUGGCCAUCUGUUUCGCAGGUCACUUACAGCGCCUGUUUCCAGAGAAGCUGUCGAGGUGCCAGUGGCUGCCAGCUGUGUCAGAGGCGGUGGUAAAGCGCCCGUGUGUGCGCCUUCCUCUGGCCACCAUUACUACUACAGUCAUCAUUGUAAUGGCAGUUUUCAACCUGUGCUUCGUCCCGACACAUGUGACAGACUAUCCCGGUAAAAUUGCUGACCUGCCUCAUACAAAUGAUUCCCGUGAGCAGGGAUCAGUGGAAGAUCUCUUCUACCUGCCUUACUCUGUGUACUGCUGUAUCCUGUCGCUCAUUGCAUGUGGAGUAUUCCUCAGGGUGAGCUUUGAGCUCAAAGUGCUCUUCCUCACCCUGGCCUCGGCAGCAUACUACAUCAUCAUCCUCGGCACCAAGAGGGAACUCUUCGUGGACUAUGGAAACGUCCUCUGCGCUAACAUCAGUAGCACCUGUAACUGCAGCAGCAAAGAAGAUGAAUGCAUCAUGAAAUGGAUAGGGCUGGUGAAACACCCCCAGGUGAUGAGCUGCAUAUAUAUCACCCUGUUCCUGGUCACUAUGCUCAUCAUCUCACAACAGAACGAGUCCUGCUUCCGCCAGGACUUCCUGCUUAAGUAUAAGAACCGCACAGAGCAGGAUGAGAUCGAGACCCGGGAGAACCUGAACCGCCUGCUGCUGGAGAACGUGCUGCCAGCCCACGUGGCUGCGCUGUUUGUUGGAGAGAAUAAAAAGAAUGAGGAUCUCUACUACAAGUCCUAUGACUGUGUGUGUGUGAUGUUCGCCUCAGUGCCAGAUUUCAAAGAAUUUUACACCGAGUGUGAUAUCAACAAGGAGGGCCUGGAAUGCCUGAGGCUCCUGAACGAGAUCAUCGCAGACUUUGACGAGCUGCUGUCCAAGCCAAAGUUCAGCGGUGUGGAGAAGAUCAAGACAAUUGGCAGCACUUACAUGGCCGCUGCAGGGCUUAGUGGGACGCCUGGUCAGGAGAACAAUCAGGACAGAGAGAGGCAGCAGGCCCAGAUAGGGAUCAUGGUGGAGUUUGCCAUUGCUCUGAUUGGCAAGUUGGAUGGCAUCAACAGACAUUCCUUCAAUAGCUUCAGGCUGCGUGUGGGGAUUAAUCAUGGCCCAGUGAUAGCUGGAGUGAUCGGGGCGAGGAAACCGCAGUAUGACAUCUGGGGCAACACAGUUAACGUGGCCAGCAGAAUGGAGACCACCGGGGAGCUCGGAAAGAUCCAGGUCACAGAGGAAACUACGGCUGUGCUGCACAAGCUGGGCUACUCGUGCGAGUGUCGAGGAUUCAUCAACGUGAAGGGCAAAGGGGAGCUGAAAACCUUCUUUGUGUGUACCGACAUGAGCAAGCAGCAGGGUAUGGGGCUGAGCUGAGGCCAGGCCGCCACAGCCAACAGGACUGGACACAGACUCACGAGUCAAGAGUUUAUAGACUCUCGUACGCCACAAGCGUUGACACAGAGCUGACUGUAAUGAAAGCUGUGUCCCUGUGAUGUUGCUGAAUAUUAAGGACUUACAGGAAGUGCUGCCUCGCUGUGUGGUGGAUGUCACCAUGAAUCAACACUUUCUACUCUUUGCGCCCUGGUGGACAGGUGGUCAGUACGUACAGUCACUGUUUUUUUCUAUUCACAGACACAUUACACGUCCAGUGUUCAGUCACUUUUGUACUUUUUUUGUCUUUAACUUUGAUGUUUGUGAUAGAGAAAAAAUGUGUAUUGUACUAAUGCCAAAUACAGUUGUCAUUUUUGAAGAGCUCUGCGGUCCUUUAAAAACAAAACAAUGGAUUCUUUUGGGAUCAUAAUUUGAAACCCGUCUGGUUUUCCUGUGUGAGGAGGGAUGGGCACACUGCUCUGUUACUGUGUAAUGAGCAUGGCAUAUGUGAGCUGUUUCAAUAUCAGAAACAGGCUGUACAGAAGGUAAAGAUAUAGAAAACCUACUUUACUGCUCCUGUCUUUGGGACGCAACGAAAAGUUUCCCUUUCUGGCCGUGCUGCAAACCCUUAAGUUACUGUAUCCUCAACUCCAUUUGAUUGCCCAAUAAGAUUAGGGAGUAGAUUCCAGCUGUAACAACUGUUUAAUAUUACAUAUAUGGCAACAUAUUUGCUACAUUUCAGGAGGAAGUGGACAAAUCCAUGUGCUGUAUGUUUGUCCUCUGUUAGUGUUGCUGCUUGCCUGCAUAUGUGCUGCAAUGAGGGAAACCUGUGACGCUCUCCUUGGUGUCUCGGAGUCUUUGUGAUCUAACCAUCUGCCUCUAGCCAUCUCUGCAUCUCUGAAAACUUGAUUUGUCUUGUGGCCUUAUUUUGAGACCAUCAUCUUGUUUGUAAUUGUGGUUACAUAAUAAUAAUAAUGAUGUAUUGGCCUUUAUGUUAAAUGUGACAUUGAAUACUGUACAGUUACAGAUUUUAAUAAAUGUUUUCUUAAGUC